AUGAACUGUGGGAGACGACGAGAAGCAGCAAUGCGACGAUUCCGUUUCCGACGUGUGCGUCACAUCAAAAAUGGAACGCAAAUUGAAGAACGAUUAGAUGACAACGAUUAUGACGAUGACGAAGAGGAGAAACAACUUCUUAAGAAGAUUAUUGAUCCGAAAAGACUUGCAUUCUCAUCACUGGUAAGAGUUCGUGAGGAUGAAGAGGAAACUCGAGCUCAAAAGCAGGUUGAUCAUUGGAGAAAUGGUAUAACCGCCCAACCAGACGUCGUAAGCGAACCGCACGAGGAUGUGCUUGUUUGUGUGCGUACGGUCCUCGUCUUUGGUAUGUUCGUACUGACAUGCGUUUGCCUUGGGGUACUCAUCUAUUCGUGCAUUCGACGAAGGCGAUGCAAGGCGUUAACAACUGCCCGAAGCUCCCUAGCUUUCUAA